AUUACACUUGGAAAUUAUGGGAUUCAAAUGAAAAUAAUCCAAAAGAUGCUAAUAACUACUCUCUGCCAUUAGAACCAUCUCAAGAGAUAAGGAAAAUUCACAACACAGAACACAUAGAGAUGAGCCAUUGCUGCUCUCUUGGGCUCUAUGCCCCUAAUCCUUUGUACUCUCUAUCUUCCAGGCCUCACACUCGCAGCGUCAGAGCUCCUCUCUGCAUCGCAUCUCACACCAAACCCAACUCUAACACCGACUCUCUUUUUCAUUAUGUUGCCAAGAUGAGAGCAAUGGACGGAGACUUCUUUGGAGCAAAGAAGACAAUCUUUGCAGCUCAACUCGGUGCAGUUCUUGCCAUAAUUGAUCAUCCCACCUUGGCAAUAGUCAACCACGAGCAAGAACUAAGCAGCCUCGUGCUUGAUUUCAUGUUCUUUCCCGGGUAAGUUUCACUAUUGCCUUGCUUUACAAGUCUCUUUUACUAAUAAAACAGAAAUAACUUUAUUGUCAUUAUAUGGGAAAAAAAUUAUCUUUUAUUACUCAAAUUUAAAGAGUCUAAAUUCUCUA